GUGCGCAUGCUUAUCGUCUUACUAAAUAUAUUCGCCAUGGACGAUAGUAGCUGGGAAAGCACCAGUAAAAGGCUGAAAGGGGUUGUUUUGGAUAUGUGUGGCGUUUUAUACGAUAGUGGAGAAGACGGAGGAGUGGCAAUUUCAGGUUCGGUUAAUGCCGUGAAAAGGCUCAAGGAAUCCGACCUGAAGGUUCGCUUCUGCACCAACGAGACCCAGGCCCAUCGGGAGAAGUUUGUGGCAAAGCUUCAGAGUAUGGGCUUUGACAUUUCUGUCUCUGAAGUGUCCUCCCCAGCUCCUGCCGCUGUGGCUGUGUUGAAGGAGCAUGGACUGCGGCCCCAUCUGCUGGUUCAUGAUGGUGUUGUCCCAGAGUUUGACAGUCUGGACAAGACCAACCCCAACUGUGUGGUUAUAGGUGACGCAGCAGAACAAUUCUCCUACCAGAAUUUGAAUGGUGCUUUUCGGGUCCUCAUAGGACUGGAGAAACCCCUGCUCUUUUCCCUGGGAAGGGGGAGGUACUACAAAGAGACAGAUGGCUUGAAAUUGGAUGUUGGUGUCUACAUGAAGGCAUUGGAGUACGCAUGUGAUUUAGAAGCUGAGGUCAUUGGAAAGCCUGCCCCCAUGUUUUUCCAGAGUGUAUUGAACAACAUGGGAAUUCAACCACAGGAGGCUCUGAUGAUUGGUGAUGACCUGGUCAAUGAUGUUGGAGGAGCCCAACACUGUGGGAUGAAGGGCAUCCUCGUCAGGACCGGCAAAUACAGGCCCAUUGACGAGAGGCACCCUACGGUGACGGCUGACGGCUACGCCGACAACCUGGCAGCUGUUGUGGACAUGAUCCUGACAAAUCGGGGACACUAAGAUCCAGGAAGUAGAAGCACUGUGAUCACUUGUUGAGAAGGCUCAACUAACAAUGACAGGGAUGUAUAGUGGGUUCAUUAAUGUAAUGUAAACUUAAAUUGCUUUGGAUUAAAUUUGUCUUCCAAAUUACUCAAAUGUAACACACCCGGUCGUCACUGAGCCUUUUGUCGGAAGCACAAAACUGUAACAACAGUAUAACAUACUAACAAAGAUGUUCCUCCCCAAUCUUCUCUGGUUCUAAAUGGCUAGUGAACUCUUUCUUGUAUAGCUGGUUGGAUUUACCUGUUGGUUGAUUUUCAGGUAAAAUAAUGAGAUUGAGAGGAUGCUUGCUUGCUGGCUUGCGUGGCUUAUGUGUCAUGUCAACUACUAAGCCUCACAAACCCUUACGAUUCUUGUCCAUUGAAAUAAACCAAUUCAAGCUCAACUCGCAACAGUAA